ACUCCUCUCUCUCCCCCUGCAGCCUUUCUUCCGACUCCUGAACUUGCGCAGACUGGGCCUGAGCGACAACGAGAUCCAGCGCCUCCCUCCUGAGGUAGCCAAUUUCAUGCAACUGGUGGAGCUGGACAUCUCCCGCAACGACAUCCCGGAGAUUCCCGAGAGCAUCAAAUUCUGCAAGUCCCUGGAGAUUGCAGACUUCAGCGGAAACCCCCUGUCCAGGCUUCCUGAGGGCUUCACCCAGCUGCGCAGUCUGGGCCACCUGGCCUUGAAUGACGUCUCUUUGCAGAGUCUGCCUACUGACAUUGGCAACUUGGCAAACCUGGUGACCUUGGAGCUUCGUGAAAAUCUGUUGAAGUCCCUCCCAGCUUCACUCUCCUUCCUUGUCAAAUUAGAGCAGUUGGACCUCGGGGGCAAUGACCUGGAAGUGUUGCCAGAUACCCUAGGCGCACUGCCAAAUCUGCGUGAGCUCUGGCUGGACAGGAAUCAGCUUUCCUGCCUGCCCCCAGAGCUGGGCAAUCUACGCCGGCUGGUCUGCCUGGAUGUCUCUGAGAACAGGCUGGAGCAGUUGCCUGACGAGAUCAGUGGGUUGGUGGUGCUGACGGAUCUGCUGCUCUCACAGAACUUGCUGGAGACGAUUCCCGAUGGCAUCGGCCAGCUGAAGCAGCUCUCCAUCCUGAAGGUAGAUCAGAAUCGUCUCACGGAGGCGACCGAAGCCAUUGGGGACUGCGCAAACCUGUCAGAGCUUAUCCUCACGGAGAACUUGCUACAGACCCUCCCCAGGUCUCUGGGGAAGCUCACCAAGCUGACAAACCUUAAUGUAGACCGGAAUCGGUUGACGAUGCUUCCUCCGGAGAUUGGGGGCUGCAGCAGCCUGAAUGUGCUCUCCCUUCGAGACAACCGCCUGGAAUUGCUGCCCCCAGAGCUUGCGAGCACCACUGAGUUGCACGUACUGGACGUAGCAGGCAACCGGCUGCAGCAUCUGCCCUUCGCCCUGACCAACCUCCACCUGAAGGCCCUCUGGCUGGCAGAGAACCAGUCGCAGCCCAUGCUCAAGUUCCAGACCGAGGAUGAUGAGAAGACAGGGGAGAAAGUGCUCACCUGCUACCUGCUUCCCCAGCAGCCGUCUCCCAGCUCAGAGAAUCUCCUGCAGAACAGCCUGGAUGAGAGCUGGGCAGAGGCCAACCCCAACCGGAUCAGUGUGAUCCAGUUCCUGGAGGACCCUCAAAUGGAGGAGGAGGAGGAGGAGGAGGAGGAAGCUGGGACCGAGAAGAGGGGGCUGCAGCGCAGGGCAACUCCCCACCCCAGUGAGCUGAAGUCCAUGAAGAAGGGGAUGGAAAUGCGGCGCAGCGAGGCGUGUGCGGCAGCUAGGCGAGGCUCCUCCAACUCUGAGGGCAAGAGACUCAGUGCCGCCUCCAGCCGCAGCGAAGACUCCCACGUCUCUGGCAGCACCAUCUCUGCCAGCGGUGGCCCUGAGGAGGCGCGAGAUGCACCAAGGCUAGACGAAGUGGCAAAUACUCGGCUGGAGAGAGAAGGGAAGGUCACGGCUGAGGAAAAAGGACAGGUGUCCCCGGAGGACGUGGCCACGGUGGAGGAAACCGGGGUGGACCAGGAAGAUGAGCCUGGCAUGGAGUACCCUGAGCCCACGGUGCACUUUGCUGAAGACACCCUGGUUCGCAGCGAGGAUGAUGACGAGGCAGAGGAGGCCCCGCCGUUCCCCACAGGAAAGCAGCGGCUGAUCCGCAAGGACACACCCCACUACAAGAAGCACUUCCGGAUUGCUCAGCUGCCCCGCCCAGAAGUGGUGGUGGCGCUCCUGCAGGGCUUCGGUGCCAAUGGGGGCCCCCAGGAGCAGGAGGAGGCCCCAGAGCAGGCAGGGUGGGACCAGGAAGAGGUGGCCAGGGAUGGGGUGCCAGCUGUCCCACCCUCUGUCAAGGGGGUGUCGUUUGAUCAAGCCAAUAAUCUGCUGAUUGAGCCUGCUCGCAUUGAGGAGGAAGAGCUGGUUCUGACGAUCGUGCGGCAGACGGGCGGACUUGGCAUCAGCAUUGCUGGGGGCAAAGGCUCCACCCCCUACAAGGGGGAUGAUGAGGGCAUCUUCAUUUCCCGUGUGUCUGAAGAGGGCCCGGCGGCACGGGCAGGGGUGCGUGUUGGGGACAAGCUCCUGGAGGUGAACAGGGUGUCUCUGCAUGGCGCUGAGCACCACGUGGCAGUGGAAGCCCUUCGGGGUUCGGGCAGCACCGUCUCCAUGACGGUGCUGCGGGAGCGGAUGGUGGAGCCUGAGAAUGCCAUCACGGUGACGCCGCUGCGGCCUGAAGAUGAUUACAGUCCACGGGAAUGGCGCGGAGGCCUGCACUUUGCUGAGGGGGCCGAGGGGGCCACCCCAACCGAAAGGCUCUCAGCGUGCCUCGUGCGGAACGAGAGGGGCCUGGGGUUCAGCAUUGCUGGGGGCAAGGGCUCCACGCCAUACCGGCCAGGGGACACGGGGAUCUUCAUCUCCCGGAUUGCAGAGGGAGGGGCUGCGGAUCGGGAAGGAACGCUGCAAGUGGGCGACAGGGUCAUCCUGAUCAAUGGGGUAGACAUGACGGAAGCCAGGCACGAUCAGGCUGUAGCGCUGCUUACUGCCUCCCCACCCACCAUCGCUCUGCUGGUAGAAAGAGGGGCAGCUGCUGCUCCACCCCAAGAGAAAGACCUUCCCGCAGGGCCACGAGUGCCACGGGCCCCCUCGCCGCCGCCUCUGCCCCACCAAGGAGAGAGCCCGCUGGAGGAGGUGCCUCUGCCCCCCAGGAGCCAGCUGCCUCAAACCAUGGAGAACCAGUACCCCACCGAGGAGGUGUGCCUGGUCAAGGCUGGGGGGCCCCUUGGUCUUAGCAUCGUGGGAGGCAGUGACCACUCCAGCCACCCCUUUGGGAUCCACGAGCCUGGAGUCUUCAUUUCCAAGGUCAUUCCACGUGGUCUGGCCUCUCGUAGUGGACUGCGUGUGGGUGACAGGAUCCUGGAGGUGAACGGGAUUGAUCUCCGCCACGCAACCCACCAGGAAGCUGUGAGCGCUCUGCUCUCCAGCACCCAGGAACUGAAGAUGAUGGUCAGGCGAGAUCCUCCCCCGCCUGGAAUGGAGGAGAUCUGCAUUGAAAAGAAGCCUGGAGAAAAAUUGGGCAUCAGCAUCCGAGGGGGCGCCAAGGGCCACGCGGGGAACCCCUUUGAUCCCACCGACGAGGGGAUCUUCAUCUCGAAGGUCAGCUCCACCGGGGCAGCGGCCCGCGACGGCCGGCUGAGGAUGGGCAUGCGCGUCUUGGAGGUGAACCACCAGAGCCUGCUGGGCAUGACUCACACAGAAGCUGUCCAGGUCCUUCGUGCCGCAGGAGACCUGCUGCUGGUGCUCGUUUGCGAAGGGUUUGACCCCAAAGCCGUGGCUGCUCUUGAGAUGUCUCCUGGGAUCAUCGCCAACCCUUUUGCAGCCGGCAUCGGGCGCAAGAAUAGCUUGGAGAGCAUCUCGUCCAUUGACCGGGACCUCAGUCCAGAAGAAGCAGAUCUUCUUCAGAAGGACGGCAGUGCAGACCCCCCGCAGCUUGACUACCGCACCCUGGCAGCCGUGCCCAGCAACAGCGGCCGUCUCCAGAAAGGCCCCCGCUGCGCUCUGGUGGUAGGGGAAGCUGAGUCUGGCCGGCGAGAGUCUCCCAGCAGCCAGCAGUGCUCUGCCACCCCCUGGCCUUUCCACCUGGCGGGCAAAGAGACACGUUUUACCAAGCCUGGAACGAUUCAACCGGUCUCUCGCCUACGCCUGAGCUCGGCCGUGGGCCCCACUGAAGGGCAGGAUAGUCCCAAUCCAUUCCAGCAGCCUGAGCUGAACUCCAGCCCCAACGGUCUGCCUCGGCAGCCCAGACCCCUCUCACCCGACGACCCUCCCUGUCAGCGCCAAGCAGGCCUACAAGGCCUUUGCCGCCGUCCCAGGAUCACAUCUGCUGUUAGAGCUGGAGGAGCUGCCAGGCCAGAGGAGCGUCGAGAAGGUGCCCUCGGUCUCUUCUGAGGGUCCGUGGCUGGGUGGCCUGCACAGCCCGGAGCAGCGGACCUUCCGCGAAAGACAGAAAUACUUUGAGCUGGAGCUGAAGCAGCAGCCACCU